AUGCCCUGGCCACGCAUCCAAUUCCACGAACUCGGCGACCAGCCCUGGUGCCCCUCCUGGCUGCACCACCACGAACAAUUCUCCCUCUCGCGGCUCUGGAACCUGCGCGUCCCCUUCUGGAGUCACGGCAGCCUCGCCACCCAAGCCUGCGCCGUGAUCAAAGAACACCUACGCAAUCCAUCCUUAUACACCAUCGUCGAUGUAUGCGCGGGCGCAGGGGGUCCAACGCCACUUAUUGAGCGCGAAUUAAACCGCAAUGAAACAGAUGCUAAGGCAGUGCGGUUUGUGCUGACGGACAUGUUCCCGCCGGUGGAUGUGUGGGCGGGCAUUGCGAAGAAGCAGCCGAAUAUUGAAUUUGUGGAGCGGGCGGUUGAUGCGCGCUCUGUUGCGCGAUUAUCUAACCAACAAAAUGGGAGGGAGUGUCGGAUUUUCAAUAUCUGCUUCCAUCAUUUCAAUGACGCCGAUGCUGCGGGCAUCCUGGGCAGUGCCGUGCGGGAGGCGGAUGCUUUCCUGGUCUUCGAAAUCACCGCCCGCCAGGUCUCAACGUGUCUGUUCUCGCCGCUGGUGUUUUUCUGGGGAUUCUACGUGACGUUAUUCUGGUACUGGCAUUCACCGGUGCAUUUACUUUUUACGUUCCUGGUUCCUGUCGCUCCGUUGGUGUUGUGGGUUGACGGGUUCAUCUCGUGUCUGCGGACGCGCACACCGACCGAGAUCAGGGAGUUGCUAACUCGGUCGGGGGAGAAUCUCGACGGAUGGGAGUUUCGCAGUGGGGAGAAAAGUGUACAGUGGCCGUUUAUUACUUUCCUACUUACAUCCACCACCCAACAUGAAAACGAAAACAUGAAAGUUAUCAUCGUAGGCGGCGGGCUCGGCGGACUCGCAUGUGCAAUUGCAUGUCGGCGCGAGAAUCUCGACGUGGUCGUUCUCGAGCGCUCGUCUAACGCGCGCGAGGUCGGAGCUGGUAUCCAGAUCCCACCCAACGGGGGCAGAAUCAUAGAACAACUGGGCCUGUUGUCCAAGAUCCUCGAGAAGGGGAGUACUGUGCAGCAUGUCGAUUUUCGGCGAUACCAUGAUGGCACACUCCUCCGGUCGAUGCCGUUCGGGGAGGACAUUGUCGAGGAGUUUGGGGUGCCUUGGGUAAUAAUCCAUAGAGAAGACUUUCAUCGCGUUUUGCUAGAUGAAGCGACGCGUCUUGGGGCUGAAAUUUGCCUAGGGGCUGAAGUGACCGAUGUCGUCUUUGAGCAGCCGGAGGUUAUCCUUGCAAGAGGUGAACGGGUUGCUGGAGAUGUGAUAAUCGGAGCUGACGGACUGUAUUCUCGGAUUCGAGAUAUCGUACUCGACUCUCCAACAAAGCCAGAAGAAACAGGCGAUCUGGCAUACCGGGCCAUUUUCAGACGGGAACAGCUUGAAGCGUUGAACGAUCCGGACGUCAAUUCCCUGUGUGAAAAGGUUGCAGUUACCAGCUGGCUAGGCCCUGACAAGCACAGCAUUUUCUACCCAGUCCGCGGAGGAAGCGAAUUCAAUCUUGUCCUGCUGAGACCAGACAAUCUCGAGAAAGGCACGCGGAGGACACAAGGAGACGUCGAAGAGAUGCGAGAGAGCUAUGCGGGUUGGGAUGAAACGUUAGGACCCGUUGCCCUCCUCGGCGAUGCAUGCCAUCCCACCCUCCCAUAUCAAGCGCAGGGGGCAGCAAUGGCAGUGGAGGACGGAUUCGCCAUUGGAAAGUUACUAGGGUUAUUGAACACAACUUUUGAAAAUGCGACCGGAUCUGAACCACAAGCUCGGCUUAUUCCACAGAUAUUUGCCGUCUACGAGCAGAUCCGAAAAACCCGCACAACACGGAAUGUGCAAGCCGCGGCCAGGAACCGGAUGAUCUUCCAUAUUCCAGACGGCAUUGUGCAGGCCGUUCGGGACUUUGUCCUUGGCUACGCCGGGAUGACGAAGAAGAGCGAUUGGACGUGGUUGUUUUCGGCUCGGAUGCGCAGUACGCUCUAUCAUGAUCUGGCUGGGGAGUGUGAGACGGGAUUCACCGAGUGUCGAAUCUCUGGUCAGCGAUAG